UUGCGGCCCCGGCUCCUCCGCCGCCUCCCGCCUGCGCCGCCGCCAGCCGGGCCGUCCGCCGCCCGCCGCCCCCCGCCGCCGGCCGCAUGGCGCUCCGGGGCUUCUGCAGCGCCGAUGGCUCCGAUCCCCUCUGGGAGUGGAACGUCACCUGGAACACCAGCAACCCCGACUUCACCAAGUGCUUUCAGAACACCGUGCUCGUGUGGGUGCCUUGCGCUUACCUCUGGGUCUGCUUCCCCUUCUACUUCCUCCACCUCUCCCGCCAUGACCGGGGCUACAUUCAGAUGACGCACCUCAACAAAGCCAAAACUGCCUUGGGAUUCUUGCUGUGGAUCGUCUGCUGGGCAGACCUCUUCUACUCUUUCUGGGAAAGAAGUUGGGGCAGGUUCGUGGCCCCCGUGUUACUGGUCAGCCCAACCCUCCUGGGCGUCACCAUGCUGCUUGCUACCUUUUUAAUUCAGCUCGAGAGGAGGAAGGGAGUCCAGUCCUCAGGGAUCAUGCUCACAUUCUGGCUUAUAGCCCUACUGUGUGCCCUUGCCAUCUUGAGAUCCAAAAUCAUGGCUGCCUUAAAAGAGGAUGCUGACGUGGACGUGUUUCGCGAUGUCACUUUCUGCCUUUACUCCUCCCUCGUGCUGAUUGAGCUCGUGCUGUCCUGCUUCUCAGACCGCUCGCCCCUGUUCUCUGAGACCAUCAACGACCCCAACCCGUGCCCCGAGUCCAGCGCCUCGUUCCUCUCCAGGAUCACCUUCUGGUGGAUCACAGGGAUGAUGGUCCGGGGUUACCGCCAGCCCCUGGAGAGCGCUGACCUCUGGUCCCUGAAUAAGGAGGACACGUCAGAACAGGUUGUGCCCGUUUUGGUCAAGAACUGGAAGAAGGAAUGUGCCAAGGCCAGGAAGCAGCCGGUGAAGGUCGUCUAUUCCUCCAAGGAUCCGGCCCGGCCGAAAGGGAGCUCCAAGGUGGAUGUGAACGAGGAGGCCGAAGCUUUGAUCGUCAAGUCCCCCGCGAAGGAGCGGGACCCGUCGCUGUUUAAGGUGCUGUACAAGACCUUCGGGCCCUACUUCCUCAUGAGCUUCUUAUUCAAGGCCCUCCACGACCUGAUGAUGUUCGCCGGCCCGGAGAUCUUGAAGCUGCUCAUCAACUUCGUGAACGACCAGCAGGCCCCCGACUGGCAGGGCUACUUCUAUACGGCCCUGCUGUUCAUCAGCGCCUGCCUGCAGACGCUCGUGCUACACCAGUACUUCCACAUCUGCUUCGUGAGCGGCAUGCGGGUCAAGACUGCCGUCAUCGGGGCUGUCUACCGCAAGGCCCUGGUGAUCACCAAUUCAGCCAGAAAGUCCUCCACCGUCGGGGAGAUCGUCAACCUCAUGUCUGUGGAUGCCCAGAGGUUCAUGGACCUGGCCACGUACCUUAACAUGGUCUGGUCAGCCCCUCUGCAAGUCAUCCUCGCUCUCUACCUCCUGUGGCUGAACCUGGGGCCCUCGGUCCUGGCCGGGGUGGCUGUGAUGAUCCUCAUGGUUCCCGUCAAUGCUGUGAUGGCCAUGAAGACCAAGACGUACCAGGUGGCCCACAUGAAGAGCAAAGACAAUCGGAUCAAGCUGAUGAAUGAAAUUCUCAACGGCAUCAAAGUGCUGAAGCUUUACGCCUGGGAGCUGGCCUUCAAGGACAAGGUGCUGGCCAUCAGGCAGGAGGAGCUGAAGGUGCUGAAGAAGUCUGCCUACCUGGGAGCCGUGGGGACCUUCACCUGGGUCUGCACACCUUUCCUGGUGGCCCUGUCUACGUUCGCUGUCUAUGUGACCAUCGAUGAGAACAACAUCUUGGAUGCCCAGAAGGCCUUCGUGUCCUUGGCCUUGUUCAACAUCCUCCGUUUCCCCCUGAACAUUCUCCCCAUGGUCAUCAGCAGCAUCGUGCAGGCGAGUGUCUCCCUCAAGCGUCUCAGGAUCUUUCUGUCGCACGAGGAGCUGGAGCCCGACAGCAUUGAGCGGCGGCCUGGCAAAGACGGGGGUGGCGCGAACAGCAUCACCGUGAAGAACGCCACCUUCACCUGGGCCCGGGGUGAGCCGCCCACGCUGAGCGGGAUCACCUUCUCCGUUCCGGAAGGUUCCUUGGUGGCCGUGGUGGGCCAGGUGGGCUGCGGAAAGUCGUCUCUGCUCUCGGCGCUCUUGGCCGAGAUGGAGAAGGUGGAGGGGCACGUGGCCAUCAAGGGCUCCGUGGCCUAUGUCCCCCAGCAGGCCUGGAUUCAGAAUGACUCUCUCCAAGAAAACAUCCUUUUCGGACGCCAGCUGCAGGAACGGUAUUAUAAGGCCGUGGUGGAAGCCUGUGCCCUCCUGCCGGAUCUGGAAAUCCUGCCCAGCGGGGACCUCACAGAGAUCGGUGAGAAGGGCGUGAACCUGUCGGGGGGCCAGAAGCAGCGCGUGAGCCUGGCCCGGGCCGUGUACUGCGACUCCGACAUCUACCUCUUUGACGACCCCCUCUCGGCCGUGGAUGCCCACGUGGGGAAGCACAUCUUUGAGAACGUGAUUGGCCCCAAGGGGAUGCUGAAGAACAAGACGAGGCUCCUGGUCACGCAUGGGAUCAGCUACCUGCCCCAGGUGGAUGUCAUCAUCGUCAUGAGUGGCGGCAAGAUCUCUGAGAUGGGCUCCUACCAGGAGCUGCUGGCCCGGGACGGGGACUUCGCCGAGUUCCUGCGCACGUACGCCAGCGCCGAGCAGGAGCAGGACGAGCAGGACAACGGGUCAGCCGGCAUCGGCAGUCCAGGAAAGGAGGGGAAGCAGAUGGAGAACGGCAUGCUGGUGACGGACGCCGUGGGGAAACAGAUGCAGAGACAGCUCAGCAACUCCUCCACCUACAGCAGCGACAUCGGCCGGCACUGUAACAGCACCGCCGAGCUGCAGAAAGACGAGGCCAAGAAGGAGGAAGCCUGGAAGCUGGUGGAGGCGGACAAGGCGCAGACAGGGCAGGUGAAGCUGUCUGUGUACUGGGGCUACAUGAGGGCCAUCGGGCUUUUCCUCUCCUUCCUGAGCAUCCUCCUCUUCAUCUCCAACCACGUCGCCUCCCUGGCCUCCAACUACUGGCUCAGCCUCUGGACCGACGACCCCGUUGUCAACGGGACCCAGGAGCACACCACAGUCCGCCUGAGCGUCUACGGCGGCCUGGGCAUCCUGCAAGGUCUCUCCGUGUUCGGCUACUCCAUGGCCGUGUCCCUCGGGGGCGUCCUGGCCUCCCGCCGCCUGCAUGUGGACCUGCUCCAUCACGUCCUCCGCUCGCCCAUGAGCUUCUUCGAGCGGACGCCCAGCGGGAACCUGGUGAACCGCUUCUCCAAGGAGCUGGACACGGUGGACUCGAUGAUCCCGCAGGUCAUCAAGAUGUUCAUGGGCUCCCUCUGCAACGUCAUCGGCGCCUGCAUCGUCAUCCUGCUGGCCACCCCCAUCGCGGCCAUCGUCAUCCCGCCCUUGGGCCUCAUCUAUUUCUUUGUCCAGAGGUUCUAUGUGGCCUCGUCCCGGCAGCUGAAGCGUCUCGAGUCAGUCAGCCGCUCCCCCGUGUACUCCCACUUCAACCAGACCUUGCUGGGCGUCAGCGUCAUCCGCGCCUUCGAGGAGCAGGACCGCUUCAUCCACCAGAGCGACCUGAAGGUGGACGACAACCAGAAGGCCUAUUACCCCAGCAUCGUGGCCAACAGGUGGCUGGCCGUGCGACUGGAGUGUGUGGGCAACUGCAUCGUCCUGUUCGCCUCCCUGUUUGCCGUGAUCUCCCGGCACAGCCUCAGUGCCGGCUUGGUGGGCCUCUCGGUGUCCUACUCGCUGCAGGUCACCACGUACUUGAACUGGCUCGUUCGGAUGUCGUCGGAGAUGGAGACCAACGUUGUGGCCGUGGAGAGACUCAAGGAGUAUUCAGAAAUCGAGAAGGAGGCUCCCUGGAGAAUCCAGGAGAUGACUCCGCCCAGCGACUGGCCCCAGGUGGGCCGCGUGGAAUUCCGGAACUAUGGCCUGCGUUACCGAGAGGACCUGGACUUGGUUCUGAAGCGUAUCAAUGUCACCAUCAACGGAGGGGAAAAGGUGGGCAUCGUGGGGCGGACGGGAGCCGGGAAGUCGUCCCUGACCCUGGGCUUGUUUCGCAUCAACGAGCCUGCCGAGGGAGAGAUCAUUAUCGACGACAUCAACAUCGCCAAGAUCGGCCUGCACGAUCUGCGUUUCAAGAUCACCAUCAUUCCCCAGGACCCCGUUUUGUUUUCGGGUUCCCUCCGCAUGAACCUGGACCCAUUCAGCAAGUACUCGGAUGAAGAAGUCUGGACGGCCCUCGAGCUGGCUCACCUGAAGGAUUUCGUGUCUUCCCUCCCCGAUAAGCUGAACCACGAGUGUGCAGAGGGCGGCGAGAACCUGAGUGUUGGGCAGCGCCAGCUCCUCUGCCUGGCCCGGGCCCUGCUGAGGAAGACGAAGAUCCUUGUGUUGGAUGAGGCCACGGCGGCCGUGGACCUGGAAACAGACAACCUCAUUCAGUCGACCAUCCGGACGCAGUUUGACGAUUGUACCGUCCUCACCAUCGCCCACCGGCUCAAUACCAUCAUGGACUAUAUGAGGGUGAUCGUCCUGGACAAAGGAGAAAUCCUGGAGUGUGGCUCCCCCUCUGACCUCCUGCAGCAGAAAGGUCUCUUCUACACCAUGGCCAAAGAUGCCGGCUUGGUGUGAGCCCUGGAGCUGGCGCAUCGGGUCAGAACCGCAGGGCCGACACGCCGGCGUCCAGGGAUGGGUCAGCAUCCUUGGGAAGCCAAGCCUCCCGUUCAUUGAAACCAAAAAAACCCAAAAAACCAAAACACAGAGCAGCCACGCUCCGGCGCCCUGCCUGGAAUUGGCCGUGAAGAAACAGGAGAGACCUGGAGAUGCAGCCCACCCAGAACACGCACCCUCAUCUCUGUUCCUCCACCAGACGCGCACACGUUCUCGCAGCCCUGGGGACACGCGCUGUGCUCCUGGGGCUCUGCGAGGAGGUUUGGGCGGCCAGACUCCUGGAGAAAUUGGUUGCAUAAAAUAUGCCAGUGAGCAGCUCCAGCCAGCUGCCUCAGAUCUGUCCAGCCCGUCUGUGGGUUCCAGGUCUUCGAGAAGCGGCCGGCCCCGCACCUCUGCCGUCCUUGCCUGGCUCUACCCACAAUUCUUUGUUGCCUCAGGGCUGCAAUUUGGAGGAGAGGGGCCUGGUAAAGAUCAUCGUCACCCCCGGAGCAGCAUCCCGAGGGCCACGGAUGCUCCUCUCUGCAACCCUCUGGUCUUCCAGGUGCUCAGAUGCUGGGAACCUCCACUGGGACUGGCUCCGCAGGCCUGAGGCAGCCUCGUCAUCCCCACGCUUCUCGUGGACGGGACCCGGCUGGACCCACAGGUGAUCCGGCCUGGCGUCUCCGAAUGCCCGCUCCCCAGCUUGGUCGCCCCCCUCCUCACCCCUUCCAGUCUGCUCCUUGCUCUCCUUCCUGCCUCUUUACUCCCAUCGCUAGGAUGGGUUCGCUCCUCUAGGGACCUGAAAGAGAAGGGCUGCUGACGGUUAUGAAGCUUUCGACACCCCGGGGACCUCCCAGGCGUGAGCAGCUGGUACGGAAGAGUCCCGUGGAGCCUUCUGCUUCUGGGUGUUCCAUUUCAACCUCUUGCCUGUGGCAUCUGGUUAGCUGUCACGGGCGGCUUUGUGGACAACCUGCCGCUUUAGUUACUGAGUCUCUUCCGGGACAAAAGGACAUGUUCACGAAUACCAGUGAUUUCUUUUUCUUUGUUUAAAAAGUACUGCUGAGGGGAGAAAAGCAGUCUUAAGAGUUUAAUUUCGUGAGGGGAAACCUCAGGUGAGGAGCAGCCUUCCCGGGAACGGCCAAGUUGGCCGGAUACUGACAGUCCGUGUGUUCCUGGAAGAAGACAGACACGUGGCGUCUUUCAAGGCCCGUCCUUCAGGUCUCUCAGUUGAGACAAAAAUACCCCAAAAAAGCAGAGGUGACUGCUGCCCCAAGAUUCACACUCGCUAUGAAUGACGUCGCUGACUUCAAACCCAGAGACGCAUCUUUCUUCUUUUAGGCGGGAAUACGUAUUUAUUUUUUUGUAAGUUAUACCAUUCUCUCACGUUAGAUAAACCAAGUUUUUCUUGGGGAUCCUUUUGUAAUGACUUACACUGGAAACGUGAACAUUUGCAAAUAAUUUGCAGUAAAAAUAUAUAUAUAUAUAUUUUA